AUGAAAAAAGUCAUACAGUCUUUUCUUGGAAAGAAGAAACCUAAGGAUAAGAAUCGACAUCCUGGCAAAAACAAUAACAAUCCUGAAGCUGUAGAACAUGAAAAUGAGUAUGAUCGAGAUUAUGACUAUGACUAUGAUGGUCUUUCUCUGCACACAGUCGCAAUGAGCGACACAAGUAUGAAUAGUAGACGACGUUCACUUUACUCACUGAACAAGAAGUCUAGUGCUAGUGCCCUUGAUCGUCAUCUGGUGGGGCUCAACCAUAGAGGCAGUACUCAGGACUUCCGCAAUGAUUUGCAUGGGAACCAGGCAAAGGUACUGAAGAAGACGCAAACAUGUGUGCCACAGCCGAUCGAGGAGAUUAUUGAGGAUCGACGGCGUUCCAUUGCUGCAUCUGCUGCUGCUGAUACUUAUUUUCAGGCAUUUGAUGAUGUAGUGACUACUUCCUUGAAGCCGCGACCUCAAUCAGAUGCGGUAGUGACCAGAAGCAGAAGCAGAUCCCUUGCGAUUAGUUUACCAAGUAGUUCAAUUCAUCAUGUUGCUGGAAAAGGGACCUGUAAUCCACAUGACAAUCAUCAUGACUUCGUGGCAAGCGAUUGUGGUUCUUGUAUUGUUCAGAACGACUCAAAAACAAGUAUUUGCCAUCAUAUAUACAACAACAGUAAUGAUAAGAACAACCGAAAAAGCCCUAGAGCGCUCCCAUUGUACAUGCCUCCAUCUACCUCAGUCUCAUCGUCCACACCCGUUCCUGGUGCAGUAGAGCCACUAUCGCCAUCCUUCACACGACGCCCUUCAAUGCCCUUGGCUGAGAACAAAAGCCAGGAACGAUAUGACAGUGAACACAACUUUUCUGCAAGUCUUGCCAGACCUAUUUUUGAUAAACCACAGCAGAAUAGCAAACAGCAUAAGCAUAUCGGAUACUGCGCUCCAGCCAGAAGAGGUACAGAGUCAGACGCUAGGCUUAGCAACUCCAGCAAGGGCGUAACUAGCCCUGAUCAAGUUCAGAAAGCUGGGUACAAUGAAGAAAAUAACAAUGAAAGACUUAAUGAAGGACCAGGCCCUGAACUGACUCCAAAAGGGAAGACUAAGUUUCAAUAUUGCCAAGGUUACACUAGUACUCAAGCUCAGAGUAAGAAAGGGCUAAAGAACAGACUGCGUGAUAGCCAGCUCACCAUCGAUACAUCAUGCUGCAAACCGGUAAACGCGAGACGUCAUGAACAGGAUAAGGAGUCAGACUUAUUAUUGCAUGAGCUUCGUAGCUCGGCCCAGGAGCCUCUUCCGGGAGCGGAUUUCGGUCAGAUCAAGACUGCUCCUCUCUUGAAGCCAACCGCAAACACACACACAUACACGCCCCCCUCCAUUAGUGGUAUCCAGCCUGCGAUAAUGAGCAUCGGCGACAAUAGUGGUCAUUACAGUAUGGCAAAAAGGCAAAAUAUUCCAAAAUCAGCCCCUAUUCCCGGUUCGAGCGCUACUAUUGCUGUUUCUUCCGCAACCAAUAGUACUGAAAUCUAUAUCCAAGAUUUCAAUUACUACAUGGAGAGUCAUGCGAGUUACUAUAAAGAUCACCCCGAUGCGGAUAAAAGGUAUAAAGACCUUAAAAUCAAAGCAGCCAAAUAUGCAGAAGCUAUGGCGCAGGCACGUGAGAUUGCAGAAGCUAAAGCAGCUGCUACCGAGUCGGAUGAUGAUGGUGAUGAUGACAAUGUCAAAAAUGCAAAAGAACCCAAUGUCUCUAGGCUCAAUAAGGCAAGGUCGACACCAGCAAUGAUGCCAUCACAGUCCUCUGGGGUAAAUAAAGAGCAAAUGCAGCCUCAGCAACAGCAGCAGCAGCACCCUCCAAGGUCUUCAGGUUCACGCCUACCGAUCCCAGUAUCGGGGCCAGCGCCUUUAUCGGGGCCAGAUGGGUCAGGCACGCCUGUAGCUGGCUCAGUUGCAACUACCACAGCCGCAUCGGCUUCUUUGACCACAUCGGGAUCAUUAGUUAAAGUUGAAGUGGCUGAGAAUACAUUCAUGAGAAAGCAUUCUUCAAUGCCAGUUAAGAAUCCACAAGCAUGCAUAGCAUCGACGUCUACUUCAGCCUCGACAAUGCUUGUGGGCUCGAAACGUCUGUCCAAUAACACGGGGUCUCGUGGCACUGCUCACAGGAUCAUCUAUAAAGGACCAACAACGGCGGUCGAUGCUGGUCAAGAACCAUCGUCCCCUCAGCCAUCAUCACCACAAAAUAGCUAUAUUAUUACGGACCGGGGAGUGCCGUUUGAAAUGGUAUCUGCUGCUGAUACCUUCAAGAAGCAGAUUCAAAAGAAAUCUCGCAACAGCAAUAACUCCUCAGGAGUAAUGACCCAUUCUUCAUCCACGACUACCACUGGUUCUCGCUAUACUGUUCCUGACGAGUUUGUAGAAAUUAUUGAGGGGGGCCAUGAAGCGCUUGUAGUCUUGCCGGACGGGUCAGUUGCUUCAAACAAGAAACGAGCAUGUGCUCCUCAAUACAAUGAGCAAGCCCAAAGCCAUAGCAGCCUCAUUGCCACCACCUUCAAUAACAACAACACCAAUAGCGAUAGCAGUAAUAGAAGCAACCAUAGCAGCGACACUGCUGAGGGCAAUCCAUCUAAAUCUGAAGCAGGUCCGUUAAGGUUGAAUAUCGAAGAUGAAACUGACCUUUCUUUGACUUCAUCGAAUUUAAUGCUUGCUGACUCAAACUUCCAUCAUCGAUGUAUUCGCAGUAGCCUCCCUAGGCCAACCUGCUCGCGCAAACAAGGACAUGGAGAAGGAAAAGGAGAAGGAGAAGGACAAAGAUUCAACAAGGAGAAGCCGCAUAGCCACAUCCAGCCGUCAUCCGCAGGCGCUGAUCGAAGAGAAAUGAAUGAGGACACUAAGGAGAUGGUGGAGUCGAAAUGUAUGGAACUAGAUCGUGAGAAAGCAGUUAUGGUAUCGUUACCGGCUUUAGGAUGUAUCGAAACAGUGAUAUCCAGAUCAUCUUUGCUAUUAUCUACAGUCGACAGCACAGGGAUGAAUAAUAAAAAACUGGGCCCUUCGUUUUUGAAGAAGAGUCAAGAGACGAUGCUGGCUUCCGCUCGAGAAAGCAGCAAUAAAAGCAAGAUUAGCUAUGAUGCUGCCUUGUCGCGCCCUACGGGCCGCUAUAGCGCCAGCGGCCGACCCAAGGGCAACAAGAGAAGAAGAGUUGUUUUUUCUUCUUCCCUUUUACCUCCUAGAGUAUCCCCUGCUGCUGGCUCUUCACCUGCUGCAGUGCCAAUAUGCACUGGGAAGCCCAGAAUUAGUAUAAAGUCCCUGUCGAGAAAGUUCAGAAACGUAGCUAAAUUGGCCAAGAGGCCUUGUUCAAGGGUUACAAAGCUCAGUGCCCCUAUGGCCGCCAAAAUCGAACAUGACAAUAGCAUGGAAGAAAGCGAUGAUAUGGGACUAUUAGGGCUUCAAAAGGAUUCUCCUUUGUCACUAGUUGAUCAAGAAAGCUACACUAUCGAAGACAAGGCUACGGCUACAACUGCCGCUGCAGCUAGUUCUGAACAAGAAAUGAUCACCUUGGAAGGUGAAGAGCUGCAAGCGGCAUCUGAUGAUAAUCCCAUAGGGUCAAGCUGCGUUGCUACAAUCGUUGCUGUUCAUGCUAUCAACGCCACAGCCACCUCAGGUAUUAUUAAUUCUAAGCACGUAUUGAACGCAGAGUCUGUGCUGACUAAUGGAUUAGCAUCUGAAGAGCUUAUUAGAAGCAUUCGGUUUGAAUACGACCGGGAGAGAAAAAGAACAACAGCAACGUCAGAAGCAACGGCAGAUGCAAAGGGCAGUCGACAGUCAUAUCAGAUCAGAUUUACCGGAGACAGUGUCCAAAGCGACCUUGACUAUGUGGACAAAAGUUGUAACUACGAUGUCCAGUACAAUCUCCCCUUCAUUUCCAAGCAGCGGAAAGAAAAACAAUGUAUCGAUCACAGUUCCAAAACCCCCAAUACUGCACAUAGUCAAAUGGAUGAGUGCGGCUUGACUACAACAUAG